GUUUCAGACGUCAAACCAUUUUUGAGUGCAAUCGCGCAUUUUGUUUUGGCUCCCCAUUUCCUACAAGCCGGAACGCCGAAAGACAGUACGCUAGAAUAAUGAUUCAAUGACCGUUUGUCAUUUCGUAAUUUUGCGUGUGGAAGAAUAUUCGAAACGGUCCAGCCGGCGCAGGGAAACGGUUCACGUCACGUGCCCGGACCGAUCUUAUAAAACCAUUGGCGGCCCGUUCACGUGGUCUCUUUUCCACACCAAAAUUCGAGGAGUAAAGUUGUGUUCCCACGGCGACGACCACGACGAGAGCGACGGUGUCCGAAAAUCGACCGACGACAAAGUUGCUCUGAGCCGAGAGGAAAGUCCCAGUGCGACCGAGUUUUCCGCAACCGAGCGAAGACGAAGAAUUUUGGUGUGCGCGUGUUUUCGUUUUUGAAGUGAACUCGCAAUUUUCCUGCAAAUCCGCGUUGGCAGAACACCGAUCGAGAGACGGAAGCUGACCAGGCAGAGCCGUGCAGCCGAAUUCCCAUUCGAGUCCCAGCCCAGCAGACAGAAGCUGAGUGCGAGCGCCCCGACGUUCCGAACUCGCAGCCACACAGCGGAAACCUGAUAUAGGUCCUCAGCUCAGCGCAGUCUCCAAAGAAAAGCCGACGACACGGCUUGCCGCCAGGAACACAGUUGCAGUUCGAUCCCCAGCAGAUAGCACCAGCCCGACAGCUCCGUCGACGAGUGCCAGGGUGCCAGGAUCAGGCGAACAUUCCCAGAAAGCAGAAACUGAGCUAAUUUACGCCGCCAAGAUGCCGCAAUCCCAGAACAGUUGCUCGGGCCGCACAAAUGGCCACACGAACGGCUACGCCUCGACCAACGGAUUCUACGACAUGGAAGACGGCCAGACGUUCCUUUUCACCUCCGAAUCCGUCGGAGAGGGACAUCCAGAUAAAAUGUGUGAUCAAAUCAGCGAUGCCAUUCUAGACGCUCACCUACAACAAGAUCCCAAUGCCAAAGUCGCCUGCGAAACCGUUGCCAAGACCGGAAUGAUUUUAUUGUGCGGAGAAAUCACAUCAAAAGCAGUUAUCGAUUAUCAAAAAGUUGUUCGUGAAACCAUCAAACACAUUGGCUAUGAUGACUCGUCAAAAGGCUUCGAUUGGAAAACGGCAAACCUUCUGAUUGCAAUUGAACAACAAUCGGCCAAUAUUGCAAGUGGGGUACAUGUUAAUCGAGAAGAACAUGAUCUUGGUGCAGGUGAUCAGCAUUAUUUAAUCAAAUAUAUGAAAUGUGAAAAUAUUAAAGAACCUUCAACAAAAAAUUCUUAUUAUUUUAAAGGCUUCGACUACAAAACAUGCAACGUACUAUUAGCACUGGAUCAACAAUCCUCCGAUAUUGCAGCCGGAGUUCAUAUAAAUCGUCCAGAAGAGGAAAUCGGUGCUGGCGAUCAGGGUAUUAUGUUUGGCUACGCAACAGAUGAAACAGAAGAAUGUAUGCCACUUACGGUAGCUUUAGCGCACAAAUUGAACCAAAAAAUAGCGGAAUUAAGACGAGAGGGAGUGUUCUGGUGGGCACGUCCUGAUUCUAAAACUCAAGUUACAUGCGAAUAUUUAUUUGAUCAAGGCUCAUGCGUUCCACAACGUGUUCAUACCAUUGUAGUAUCAGUACAGCAUUCUGAAAAAAUCGCACUUGACGAUCUUCGUAGCGAAGUAAUGAAUAAAGUAAUUAAGGAAGUUAUCCCGCCACAAUAUCUGGACGAUCAAACAAUCAUUCACAUCAACCCGUGCGGACUGUUCAUCAUUGGCGGACCUAUGGGCGAUGCUGGUUUAACUGGUCGUAAAAUCAUUGUCGACACAUACGGAGGAUGGGGCGCACAUGGUGGUGGUGCAUUUUCUGGCAAGGAUUUCACAAAGGUCGAUCGUUCAGCAGCAUAUGCAGCCAGAUGGGUGGCCAAGUCACUUGUCAAGAGUGGUUUAUGUAAACGUUGUCUAGUCCAAUUGUCAUAUGCCAUCGGAGUUCCAGAGCCGCUAUCAAUUACUGUGUUCGAUUAUGGUACGUCUAAGAGGCCACAAAAGGAAUUGUUGGAUAUUGUGAAAAAGAACUUCGACCUGAGACCGGGCAAGAUUGUCAAGGAUCUGAACCUUCGCCAGCCAAUUUACCAGAAAACAAGUACUUACGGACAUUUCGGACGAGAUGGUUUUGCCUGGGAACAAGCAAAGAAAUUAGUUCUUGAUUGACUAGAUGCUGAUAGUGCUGAGUGUGAUCAGCCUAGCACUAAAAAGUUUAAACUCUCGUAAUAUUCAAUUUUUUAAAGAUUUCGUUCCUAUCCCUGCUGUUUCCCCUAUUUUAAAGCUCUUCAAAAAAUGAAAGAAAAACCAAAAUUUUUAAGUUUAAAUGUAUAUGUGUUAAAUAUAAUAGUUUUUAUUAUAAUUUUAUUAUUUCCUAACUUUAAAACUUUUAUAUGUAAUAUGUGAAACCUUUUUUAUCAAAUGGCAAACAAAAACAGAAAGUGGUAUCUGUUUCUAGACAAAUAUAUCUCGCUCUCUCGCCAAUAUUUUCAAAUUUUGUGAUGUUUAACUGUUUCAAUCUCCAUCUGGACUCAACACUUUCAUGCAACUUCAACAGUGCGAAUGAGAUCCUAAAGUUUAGUAGGCAACUGACUAGCCAUAAUUUAAAAAAAUACUUUAAAACGAAUGAAAAAUUGAAUAUUUCGUGUUGAAGAAGAACUUAUUGUUUAAACUUUAAGAGAAUAUUUUUCUAGGAAAUAAAAAGAAAACUGACGAUGCAAAAGCUCCAAGUUUCAGACAAACCAUCUAUAAAAUUGGUUUUUUAGAUUUAAUUAUUUUAUUAGACUUAAUUUAAGUAUAAAAAAGGCGAAGUGAAACAGUGUAGUUGCAAGCAGGAAAAUGAGAAAUAAAUCUGUCAGUAACAAUAAGAUGAAAAUACGAAAGCAAAAAUUGUAACUAUUCACUUUUUUAUGGUUGUAGGAAAAAUGUUUGUUCAAAUAACCAAAUCCACGAUAAAACUGAAAGAUCCCAACCCACAUUACAUUAUUCAUGUUCUAACAAACUAUUUGUAAUUACAUAACUUCCAUAAAAAUGUGUAGACAAGAAACAAAACUAUUUAAUAACGAAGAUCCAAAUUGAAUCCAAACUAUACAUUUUAAAGAUUCACCCAUAAAUAUCACCCUAGAAAUACCCGCAUUUUGGCCACCAUCAGAAAAUGCUGCAAACUUUUGUUGUCAUGUUUAUGUAAGGACACUAGAUUCUAGAAUGUUUCUUUUCUUCCAAUUUUAUCCAUUGUAGGAAACAAAUAUUUUCCAUUUUACAUCCACCAUUAAUUGAUCAAUUGUAUGUAGCUUUCAAUUUUUCAUUGACUUUGUUAUAACAUCAUUGAUGACAUUUUUAGCAAAAGGAACUGUAUGGAAAGUUUCAAAAAAUCGAAAACACAAAAAUCUCUCAUUAGAGGAAAAACUAGUAAAAAAUCUACAAAAAAAUGAUAAAAAUAAAAAUUCGGAACACAAUUAUUACUCCUGGAAA